GUCCAAAGAUCAGCCACUGCCCAAACCUCGUGUGUGGGGUGAGAGGGGCAGCAGGCAGCGGAGCUCAGACGCAGACCACUGAAUUCAAGGGCAUGGCCCUCGACAGGGUCCCGAAGAAGGUGGGGAUAGUGGGCUACGGACGCCUCGGACAGUCCCUGGUCUCCCACUUGCUGACUCAGGGACCAGAACUGGGCCUAGAACUUGUUUUUGUCUGGAACCGUGACGCAGGACGAAUGGCGGGGAGCGUACCCCCUUCCCUCCAGCUCCAGAAUCUUGCUGCUCUCGGGGAGAGGCAUCCUGACCUUGUGGUGGAAGUGGCCCAUCCCAAAAUAAUCCAGGAAUCUGGGGCAGAAAUCCUGCGCUAUGCCAAUCUCCUGGUAGGGUCCCCCUCAGCCCUGGCUGACCAGGCCACAGAGCGGCAGCUCCUGGAGGCCUCACAUCGCUGGGGCCACGCUGUGUUCGUGGCCCGGGGGGCCCUGUGGGGCGCGGAGGACAUCUCCAGGUUGGACGAAGCCGGGGGUCUCCAGAGCCUCCGUGUCUCCAUGGCCACACACCCCGAUGGCUUCCGGCUCGAGGGACCCCUGGCUACGAUGCGCAGCACUGGGCCUCGUGCCGUGCUCUAUGAAGGCCCUGUACGGGGGCUCUGCCCCCACGCCCCCCGAAACUCCAACACCAUGGCAGCCGCUGCCCUGGCCGCCCCCAGCCUGGGCUUCGACCGUGUGAUCGGGGUGCUUGUGGCUGAUUUCAGCCUCAAGAACAUGCACGUGGUGGAUGUGGAGCUGAGUGGACCCCCAGGCCCCACAGGCCGAAGCUUCACUGUGCACACGCACAGAGAGAACCCCGCAGAGCCAGGCGCUGUCACCGGCUCUGCCACCGUCACCACCUUCUGGCGCAGCCUCGUGGGCUGCUGCCAGCUCCCCUCCAAACCGGGGAUCCAUCUCUGCUGAGAAGCCUCCCCCUUCCCGAGAGGACAUCCUCAUCUCCUUAUUUACCUCCCACCAUCACCGACCCACUGCUGUCCUGGCCUCAGUGUCCCCAGACAUCCCUCUGGUCUCAGUAAAUAGUGGAGGCUCUUCUCCCUG